UAUGACAUGUGGCGAAGAAGACCUACAAUAUUUCCCACAGAUGUUAUUCAAGAAAAGCAAAAGUGCAAAUUUUAUUUACUACUGAAAAAUGUCAAAACUGCUCGGUUAAAGUAUAUGACGUGAGUAUAUAAGUCGGUACUUUCCACUCAAGCCUAACGCCACCUAUCUAUGAAAGGGAGGGUUUUUAGAGAUUAAAUGCGUAUUGUUGUAUCUCUUUCUACAUGUCUGAGUAUAUCAUCACCGUCCUCUUUGUCAGAGCUAAUGUGGGAGUCUGAUUUGUAUUCGUGGGAGGAGUCCGGCCAAAGUAUGUGGUCAAAAGGAGAUAGAGCUAUCAAAUGGGUCAUCUAGCCGUGAAAGGCAUAUUUACUUGCACUGUGGCUUGGAGCACAGACAGAAGCAGGAGCACGGGAAGACUGUGGAGUCACUCAUGGACUUAACUGCUGAAAACCACUCCGUACCUCUGAGUGAUGGGACCAGCAUACCUCUUGUUGGACUGGGGACGUACGGGGACCCCCGCACGACUCCUAAGGGAACUGCAUAUGAAUCUGUAAGAGUGGCCAUCGAAGCAGGGUACAGACACAUUGAUGGAGCUUUGGUCUACUUCAACGAACAUGAAGUGGGGCAAGCAAUAAGGGAAAAGAUUGCAGACGGCACUGUGAAGAGAGAGGACAUCUUCUACUGUGGAAAGCUGUGGAACACAUUCCAUCCCCCAGAGUUGGUGCGCCCUGCUUUGGAGAGAACGUUGAAGACAUUACAACUGGAUUAUGUUGACCUCUAUAUUGUUGAAAUGCCCACAGCCUUCCAGCCAGGAGAUACAUUUUACCCCAAGGAUGAAAAUGGGAAGACCAUUUACCACGAGACUGAUCUCUGUGCCACAUGGGAGGCUAUGGAGGCUUGCAAAGAUGCUGGACUUGUUAAAUCGAUUGGAGUAUCCAACUUCAACAAGCGACAGCUGGAACUGAUCCUGAACAAACCUGGACUGAAACACAAGCCUGUCUCCAACCAGGUUGAAUGUCACCCGUAUUACACUCAGUCAAAGCUGCGUGAGUACUGCAGACAGAAUGACAUUGUCAUUGUGGGAUACAGCCCUUUGGGGACGAGCAGAGACGCAUCCUGGGUGAACCUUAAAUGCCCCCCAUUAUUGGAGGAUGAGCUACUGGUAUCGAUUGCUAAAAAGUACAACAAGACCACAGCGCAGGUGGCCCUGAGAUUCAACAUGCAAAGAGGCGUGGUGGUCAUCCCAAAGAGCUUCAACCCUGUCCGCAUCAAGGAGAACUUUCAGAUAUUCGAUUUCUCUCUCUCUGAGGCUGAGAUGAAGGCAGUUGAGGGACUGAACAAGAAUAUUCGAUUUGUGGAGCUUCUCAUGUGGGCUGAUCAUCCAGAGUACCCUUUUCAUGAUGACUACUAGAGGCUACAGAUAGCUGCUGUCAUAUCAGCACAGAUAUCAUGUGUUUAUUGUUGCUUUUAUACUUUUUAAAUGAAAUACCAAAUGAUUUUGGUGCGUUAUAAUCAUAAUUUCAUAUAUUACUUUGCAGUGUUUGAUUCUUUCCAUGUAUAAAAUUCCUGGCAAUAAAGCUGA